AUUGUUCUAUAAUGAUUAAAACUUAAACAUUAUAAUACUAUGUAUAUAGAUAGAUGAGUAUAAAACUUGAUGUGAGUGGUGCACUAAAGUCGAAAGUUGUGCUGUCGCGGGCUGGAGUCGCGUGUCUUGUGCGCCGCACGCAAUUUAGUUGUGAAUAGUGAUUUUGUAGCGUCUUUUAAAGUAUUAAAAAACUAGGGCAAGCUACAAUGAAAGCUGACAUAAUGAUUACUAGUUGUCAUCGUUUCGUCUUUUUGUCAAAAUAAAAAUUUUGUUCAAGGACAAUUGACAGUAGUUCAUGCCGACAAUGCACUUAAGGAGACAUCAUGCGACCGAUCAAAUUAACUUUUAAGAACUGGGGCAUUCAUUAAACGUUUAGCGGUAUAUCAGAUCAAAAGAAAUGGAUAUAAUUCAAAAAAAUUUUGGAUUGAUGGCCGAAAAAAUUGAUAGGAUGCGAAUUUUAAGAGAACGAUGUGAUAACUAUGUAAAAAUGAUCAAGUUAACAUUAGAUGAAACAAUUCAAGAGCAAAAUUCAUUGUUAGAAGGUUCAGCUAUGCAUCAAAGGUUGAAGUAUUUGGAUGUAAUGGAUUUAAAACCUACCUUGUCGCUACAUAAAUCUUAUAAUACUGUAGAUAAAUAUUAUCCUUCCAAUUCUGAUUGCAUCAACAAUUAUUUAGUACUUGACGGUCCAUUAGGGAUGAUAAAACGAAACAAAGCUAUUGAUUGUAAACCAAAACCGCUAUUACAGUCGUCAAAUAACUGUUACAAUAACGUUUAUAAUGAUAAUUAUAAGUUACGAGCACGAGAAUAUAUAGAUCCCUCGUAUCAAGGUUUUAUCUAUUCACAUUAUGAGCCCAAAAAGUAUGAUCCUAUUUUGGACUAUCGUUUUUCAAAAAUAGAAGAUCACAUUCAAGAUGCUUAUUAUUUUCCAACCUCAAAAAUCAGUACCCAGUAUCCAUGGCAAUCUGUAAAACGAUUUUACAAUCAGGAACCUGUUGAACGAUAUAUUGAAGAAGAAAAUCCUUGUAUGUAUCAGCGCUCUAGGAAACCAACAAAAGCCGUCAGACAAGAACCUAUUUAUCCGGAAAUAAACUACGGGUACUCGAAUAGACAUUAUUUUGGCAAAAAUCUAAUUAAAUCAACUAAACCCAAUUAUAACCACUGCACUAAAUAUUAUUCACUGAAUAAUAUAGGUCUUGAUUAUGACGACAAUUAUUAUCCCAAUGGAUUAGAAGAUUUUUAUCAAUAUCAAUCUAAACAAAAUAUAAAGCGACCCAUAUCACCAAUUUACAGCAGGCCAUCAAAUAAUUAUUUACCAAAUUCAGACGGUUUAUUGGAGAAAACUAUUAAAGAUUAUGUGUCGGGCUUGCGUAGUAGCUGGGUACCUAAAUAUGAUUCUCAGAGGUAUGUAAUUGGUAGUGAAAUUGCUGAAGUAAACCCUUCUAGAAGUACAGGUAAUCCAGAAAUACGUCAAAGAUAUUCGGAUGAAAAUAAAGAAUGUUGGCCUAAGUUUAAUGGUGAAGAUGUACUAAAAAUUAAAUCUGCUCCAUCGACAUUAGAAAAACAAGUAAAAAAUGAAUUAGAUGACAUCAAUAUAAAUAACAGUAGUAGAAGACUAACUUCUAUUAACGUUAAAACUAAUAAACUUACAAUGCCGCCCAAGAAGAUAAGUUUUGAUUUAGAUUGUCAAACCAGAAAUGAACAACCUUUACGUAAAGCAAGUCUUGUUAAUUCCUAUCACAGCACUAUUAAAAAUGAUCAGAAAUUCAGUAUUACUUCUAAUGAACAGGCAGAAAAUUCACAAGAUAAUUUUUGUCAGCUAUCAACUACAGAUAAUAUAAAAAUAACACAUGAAAGUAAUAAUAACACCCUACCAAACACUUUAAUAAAUAACGAAUCGGAAAAUUUACAAACACCAAGUUUAUUUUCUUCUGAUACGAUAUCAAAAAAAGAAAAUGAGAGUCCUAUUCAAGGUAAAGAAAAUUAUGAAAAACUUAAUCUUAGUUCAGAGAACUGGUAUGAAAAUAAGUGUUCAGAAAAUGAUCAAUGUAGAAAAUUAUCAAAAGAUUUUAGUGAUGAUGGUAUUACUAAAAAUUUUGAACAGCCCGAAAAGAUAUUAGAAAUUGUCAGCAAUUUGCAAGGUAGUAAUCCAAUAGAAAAAUCUGUAAUUUAUCGAAAUGAUUCGGUUGAAUAUGACAAAUCUAUUACUCCUGUUUUUGAUAAUGAUAUUGAAGAUAAACUCGAAGAUAGACAAAUUAGUAAACAAAAUUCACAAGAUAGUAAUUAUCUUUUAAAUGAUGGAAAUGAUUGGAAAUUAAACAAUGAACAAAAUUUCGUUGAUCACACUAUUAGAGAUCCAGAAGAUUCUACUGAACAAGUAAGUAUUGAGUAUAGUUCGACCUCAAAUAAUAAAGUACGUGACAAUUAUGAUGAUCAAACAAAUUACUAUCAGCCAAAUGUUAACGAACAUGGAAUAAUACCAGAAAUAGACCUUAAUACAUUGACACAAGAACAAAAUAUUAGUGCUUAUCCAACAAUAGAAGAAAACAAUGACAGAAAAUAUGAAGAGAAAACUGAAGAUCUAUAUUAUGAUUACCGAAAUCAACCAGACGAUGAACAUAUUCAACCUAUGAAUCAAGAAUAUAUUGAUCAAGUUCCAUACAAUUCAAAUAACUACUACUAUCAUGAAAAUAGUACUAAUAAUGAAAAAAAUAGUUCCUAUGAACAAUCUAAAUAUACAGACAAUGAGGGACACCAACAAGAUAAUUAUUACUACAACAACUAUCCAUUGGGACAAAACAACGAGCAAUAUUACUAUCAACCUGAUUCCCAAAAUGAUCAAGAUAAGGAGCAAGAUCCACAAACACAAAAUGAGUAUUAUGAUUAUGAAGGAUAUAUGAGAGCUGAACAAGAUCAACAAUAUAAACCAGUUCAACAGGUCAACAAUUAUAAUUUGAGUUAUGAUGACUACUAUUAUCAAAAUGACCAAACAGAAUAUAGAUCUCAGAAUCAAGAAGAACCUUAUACUUCAAAUAGUUACGACGAACAAAAUCCAAGAAAUAGCAACUACCAUGACGAUUAUUAUUAUCAAAAUCAAAAUGACUACAGAAAUUAUGUAAAGACUGACCCGGUUAAUGAUGAACUUACGGUUAAUUAUAAUCAACCGGAUCAAGGUUGUCCAGAAAAAGAUAACAGUAAAAUAGCCGAAAAAGUAUACAACGAUCGUUCUACUGACGACUAUAUGCAUCAAAUACAAAAUUUAGAAGAAGAUAAUGAAAAUUACAACGAAUCAGACGUUAUUGAACAAUAAAAAAAACACUAGAAUUUUUAACAAAUAUCUUGGCGUUGAAAAUAUUUCAACCCAUUGACUUAAGUUACAAAAUUAUAAAACUACAUUUCUUAUAAAGCUUAUUUUUAUUAAAUUUUUAAUUAACUUUUAAUUUAUUCAAAGUGUUGACUUUUAUUAACACCUAGAAUAAAAAUUACAUAUUAAAUUUUAAUUUUUUAAUA